AUGCUUGUGACCAGCCUCAGGUCCCACAGCCAGUACACCACAGUUGUGACGGGAGCACCCAUGUCUUCCAGAGUUGCCGACAGUGCAGCUCGCACCUACUCAGGGGUUGCAGUGGUUGCCAAAGUUCCUUCACGCGCACUUUGCGCAGCAUGGCCGCCUGACCUUUAUGACACCGGCCGUGCACAAAUCGUGGGCAGUUUGCUCAACAAUGUUUGGGUCACGGGAGCAGUUUUGUAUGGGUACCCCCAAGGCAAGACUCACCACAAUGCCUUGGAGCGGACCACCAACAUGCUGGAGUUCUUGUGUAACCACAUGCUGACAGUGGCCUCAGGACCGAGAUAUCUCUGUGGGGAUUGGAAUUUUGAAACCAGCCAAUUUCCAAUUACCCAGCUGCUUUUGCAACAUGGCUGGAAAGAGAUCCAAGAUCUUCACUUUCAGCGGACUGGCAUGCCUCCACAGCAUACGUGUAAGCGGUGCACCCAAAAAGAUGUUCUGUGGAUUUCCCCUGAACUUGUAGCCAGUUUUGUGGACUUACAGCUUGACCAUGACAGGUUCCCGGACCACUCAGUUUUGCGAGCCCAGUUCAGCCUGAACACUGCCCAUGCCUUAAGGUUUCUCUGGCCCAUGCCUCAACCCGUGCCUUGGUUGCGAGUUCCUGCCAUGAAUGCUGAGCUUGAUUUUUCUCAUGCUUCCCCAACUGAACAAUACCAUCACCUGUGGGAGACCAAAGAGACUUUGGCCAAGCAAGCAUUAGGCGCACAAUGGAACCCAUCAAUGCAGGGUCGUGGCCAACGCCUUGCACCAACUGUUCGUAAAGGAUGGGUUGCCCCUCCCAAGAAAGGGCGCAGCUCAGACAAGCAGCCAGCAUUCCAUGGAUACAAUGUCCAACAUGCGAGGUGGAUGAAGCAACUGCGACGCCUUCAGAACUAUGCACGCUGGGCCCAAGUUCACUAUGGGGUUGCCACUAGCACUGAUGCCUUGCAUGGACUCCAGCUUUGGAAAAGCAUCCUUAAUGCCCAUGGGUUCACUGUUUCCUUUCAAGCAUGGUGGAAAUCUAGAGCGGUGGUUGGCCUUGGGGACCUUGGAUUUAUCCCUGACUUCCCUCCUGCACCGGCCAUGGCUCAUGGACUUUGUGAUGCGUUUCAUGGUGAGGUCAUGCUUUUGGAACGAAGGCUCCAAGCUGCCAAGAAAACCACGCGCAUUAGCCACCACAGCAGAGAUGCAAACCUGGUCUAUCAAGACACCCGUAGGCAGCCGCCUGAACCAGUCACAAGUUUGUUGGUCACCACCCGUGCCAGGAUCACUGAGGUUGACCCAGAUGAAUGCGCCAUCGAGUUCGAGCCCGAAUGUGCCUUUGAUGAUGCAAAACCUGUGAUUGCGGGAGGCAAAGCCAUCCCUGUUAUCCAUGCAACAGACACCCGUCUGUACCUUGCUGAUGUCACUGAUGUCACCCCUGACAUGCCAGUGCAACAAGUGGAACCCUUAGGUGCCUUGCCUGAGAUAUUUGCUGCAUUCCAUGAACAGUGGAAGCAAAGAUGGUGCCGCUAUGAUGACAUACCCCACAGCAGGUGGCAGCAACUCAUUGACUUUGCACGGGCCACAAUGCCUCGCAACCCAGUCCAAGCGGUUCAGAUCUCUCCCGAACUUGUGCGUGCCGAAGCAGCUGCCAAAAAGCACACUGCAGCCACAGGUCUUGAUGGAGUGAGUAGGUUGGAUAUUGUCCAAGCUGAUGAUGCAUGCCUUCAGAGUAUUUGCUCUCUGUACCGCAGAGCUGAAAAUACUGGGCACUGGCCUAGCCAGAUCACCACUGGCCGUGUGGCCUCACUGGCCAAGAAAGAAGGAGCGGCCACCACCAAUGAGUUCAGACCAAUAACCAUCUUUUCAAUCAUCUACCGGGUCUACAGUGGCCUGCAAGCCCGCAUGCUCCUGCGAUGGUGUGAUGACUGGACACAUCCGGAUGUGCAUGGGAACAGAAGGGCCCAUAGUACAUCACACCUCUGGCGUACUAUGGUGCAUGCUAUCCAGGUUGCCUAUGACCAAAACAAACCGUUGAGCGGCCUGACAGCUGACAUAGAGAAAUGCUUCAAUUGCCUUCCUCGGUGGCCCAUCCUGGCCGCGGCCUUGCAUGCCGGAGCACCCUGCUCGGUUUUGAAUGCUUGGGCUGGCGCCCUAGCAUCGAUGUCCCGACGGUUUAAGGUUCGUGACUCCUACAGUGAGGGCUUUGUCACCAGCACCGGCUUGGCUGAAGGAUGUGCUCUCAGCUGCUUUGGGAUGUUGCUACUCGAUGACAUCCUGCACAGGUAUGUCCAAGCCCAAUACCCGUCUAUCAGAGUCCUCAGCUUUGUCGAUAACUGGGACUUCAUGACAUGGGAUCAGACUGCGGCUGUGCAACAGCUGGAUGCCCUUUUGACCUUUGCGGCCUUGACAGACCUCACAGUCGAUAGGAAGAAAACUUUUGGCUGGUCCACUUCCGCUGAUGUGCGAGCUGCAAUGAGACAAAAUGGACUCCCUGUCCAACACCAAGCCAAGGAUCUCGGUGCCCAUGUGGGUUUUUCCAGGCAGAGAACCAACCGUACGGUGGUGGAAAGACUUGAUGGAUUGCAUGCCUUUUGGCAACAACUCAAAAACAGCAAAGCAGGUUUCCAGACCAAACUGCGUGCCUUACGCACUGUUGCUUGGCCACGCGGCCUUUAUGCCAUUGAAAGUGCUCCGGUUAGUGCUGCCACAUGGACCUCUCAAAGGCAGCAAGCAGUGCAGGCCUUGCAAUUUGAUAAAGCUGGCAUCAACCCGAUGUUGCUUCUUGGACUUGUUGAAGCAUUUGUUGAUCCUGAACUUUUGGCUGUUUUGAAGACUGUUGCCGAAACACGGCUGCAUUGCCCGUUUGACUUUUGGGCCAGUGACUUGUUCCCAUUAGCUGCAGGCGUGGUGGAUAGCCCUCCCACGGCACCAGCCGUUAUCCUCCUUCAUAGGAUCCAAAAACUUGGACUGGUGGUUCACCCUGAUGGGCAAUGGGAGGAUCAAGUUGGAUUGUUUCAUCCUGGCCUUGUGAAUUACACUGAGUUGUGUCAUCGCCUGCAGUGGCACUGGAAUUCUUUUGUUGCCACCUCUGUUGGCCACCGUAAAGAUUUUGCUGGUUUGCACUGGGUUGACACUGCCACCACUCGCAAGCACCUGCGAAACCUUCCUAAGGAUGACCAAGCCUACAUGCGGAUCAGUCUUGCAGGCGGCCUUUUCACACAAGAUGCCCACAGCCACUGGAAUGAACAAGGUGGAGGCUGCAAGUGGUGCGGCCAACCUGACUCCUUGCAGCACAGGUACUUUGAGUGCCCACAGACACUGGACUUACGCACCUCCUGUGCACCUGAUGUUUGCCGGCUCCGUGGACUUUUGCCUGAUGCCAUGGUUUUACGCUCUUGGGCGAUACUCCCGCCCACUCACUUGUCCUGGCUUCGUUUGUUGGCGUCUGUCCCUGACACUGUGUCGUCCCUUGCUUGUGGUCUUGACACGGUUGGUUGGAAUGAGGUUUUCACGGAUGGUUCAUGUCUUUGGCAAGCUUGUCCGUCCUACCGUGUGGCUGCUUGGGGUGCUGUCCUUGCUUGGCCUUCCACUUCCCCUUGGUUCAGCCGUGGAGUCCGUGUGUUGGGUUCUGGUCAUGUGCCUGGGCUUUGUCAAACAGCCUACAGAGGUGAAUUGUAUGCUCUGGCGUUCGUGCUCCACCAUGCCGCUUCAGUGGGCGCUAGGGUUAAGAUCUUUUGUGACUGUUUGGGGGUUAUUAAUAAGUUCCACCGGCUCACUUCUGGCCUCACCCAAAUCAAAGCCAAUGCUGCCAGUGCUGACCUUUGGCGCUGGGUACUGGACUCGGUUGACAGACUGGGAGUUUGUAACAUCAAGGUUUACAAAACUGCGGCCCACAAGAAGUUGCACCAAGCGCGCAGCCAGAGGGAUGCAUGGUUGAUUUGGUACAAUAACAAGGUGGAUGCAGUCGCCAAGCAGGCCAAUUUGAACAGGUCUGCAACUUUUUGGAGUGGAUGGCAACAACAUGUGGAUGCCGUGCACGCGGCGCAGACGUUGCAUGCUCAAGCCUGUGCGCUGCACUUGGCGGUUGCUAAGCGCAGCACACAGGAAGACCGAGUUUCCACCCUGGAUGAUGCUGCCCCAGCGGUGCCAAAGCCUUGUCGACAGUUCCCUUUGGUGUUUGACAACAGCAGGUGGCGGAAUGAAAUCCCACCAGCCUUUGCAGGUGAGUAUGGUGCAGGACUUGCUCAACGAGUCUACAACUGGUGGCAAGCAAGGACCACGGGAGCAACCGUGGGGCCAUUGCGGUGGAUCACGUUUGCACAUUUGUACGUUGAUUACCAAUUGGCCUAUGGUUGUCCAGGACCAAUCAAGAGUGGAUCCAAAUGGCUGGACCCUUUGACAAGGCCGUACCUAGAGCCUGAGAAACAUCCUUUUCUUCAUCGCUUGAAAUGGUUCAAACGCUGCUUGAAGUAUUUUUGGAAGCAUACGGAUUUGGUUGUUGGACUUGCGUUUUGCAGAGGAGAAGGAGAGAGCAUACAAAGCUUUGUAGCCGCCGCAGCCUUGCCUUGGUGUACGGUGAGCUGGGCAGGUGCGGAGCAUUGGCUCUCACAGGAGUUGGUACAGCCAUGUCUCAGAGGUACCCAAUCGUUGCAGGCGCUUCCUGUUGUGAAAGCUCAGCAGCGAUAUGCCAUUUCAGAGGGCUCCCAACGAGUCCGAGGUUUCAUCUACCGCAUUCCCCGGCUAAGGUUUGUAGAGAUCCGUGAAGGGCCGGAGCUGGUAACAGGAUAUCAGUUGAUCACGCACCGCACGGAAGGGGCCGAAUGCGAUCCCGUCUCCUGGGUGGUGGAAGGUCAAUUGGCAAUUGGUGGACCAGUGCCGCUCGGCAAAGCAGGUAAUGAUGAGUCCAUGCCACGGCAGAGGGAAAGCGCAUCGCAGCAAUAUGAAGACCUUCUGCAUCUUCCAGAUGCACAGGCGGCUUUUCGUCAAGGUUUCCUCGCUGAAGCCGCUGCCUGCGCUGCCUCCUUCGCCUGGCUGGUGCUAGGAACCAGCUGGGUGAGUGCGGGCACGGAAGCCUGCGUAGAUUCGGCGCCGCACUUGUGGUAUUGGUCCUACUUCCUGGUAGUGGUGAUGUGGUCCUCCUUGGGGACCGUGACCAUCGGCCUGAUCUGGGGAGCCAGGACCAUGGGUCACUGCGUUUCAGCGCGCGCCGACAAAAAAGGGUCCGCAGGGUGGCAGGGUGCGGA